AUGCCCAGGAAGGUGGCGACAACCGGGCAGCGGGGACUUUACUGGUAGGCUGGUGAAGAGGGGCGCGGACUAGGAGUCUGCCGUGCCCUGGCUCACGGUUCCCGCGAGCUACACAGCGCCCCGAAGAGCUUGCCGCGGGCCUGGGCCCGCCCCGCGACGCCGGGCCACCGGCCGCCGCCACCCGACUCUCUGUGCCCGCCGCGGUGGGUGGCAUGAUGGUGCGCGGAAGGCAGCGCGGCCCUGGCCAGCUGAGUCGCGGCGGCGGUGGUAGCGGACUCCCCAGCGGCAUGCCAGUGCCCCCUGGGCGCGAUGGCUAGCGGCAGCGCCGGGAAGCCCACUGGCGAGGCGGCUUCUCCGGCUCCUGGGAGCGCCGUCGGCGGGGCCAGCUCGCAGCCGCGGAAGAGGCUGGUGUCUAUCUGUGAUCACUGCAAGGGCAAGAUGCAGCUGGUGGCCGACCUGCUGCUGCUGUCUAGCGAGGCGCGGCCGGUGCUCUUCGAAGGCCCCGCCUCCCCUGGCGCUGGUGCGGAGUCCUUCGAGCAGUGCCGGGACACCAUCAUCGCGCGCACCAAGGGGCUGUCCAUCCUAACCCACGACGUGCAGAGCCAGCUCAACAUGGGCCGCUUCGGAGAGGCGGGGGACAGUCUUGUGGAACUGGGCGACUUGGUGGUGUCGCUGACCGAGUGUUCUGCACAUGCGGCCUACCUGGCAGCCGUUGCCACACCGGGCGCUCAACCUGCACAGCCAGGCCUUGUGGACCGCUACCGUGUGACACGCUGCCGCCACGAGGUGGAGCAGGGCUGUGCUGUGCUGCGAGCCACCCCACUGGCAGACAUGACCCCACAGCUGCUGCUGGAGGUGUCGCAGGGCCUGUCUCGAAACCUCAAGUUCUUGACCGAUGCGUGCGCCCUGGCCAGUGACAAGUCACGGGACCGCUUCUCGCGCGAACAGUUCAAGCUGGGCGUCAAGUGCAUGAGCACCAGUGCAUCUGCGCUGUUAGCAUGUGUGCGCGAAGUGAAGGCGGCGCCCAGCGAGCUGGCCCGCAGUCGUUGCGCGCUCUUCAGUGGGCCCUUGGUGCAGGCAGUGAGCGCUUUGGUGGGCUUUGCCACCGAGCCUCAAUUCCUGGGUCGCGCAGCUGCUGUGAGCACUGAGGGCAAGGCGGUACAGACCGCCAUCCUGGGAGGUGCCAUGAGUGUGGUGUCGGCCUGCGUGCUCUUGACCCAGUGCCUCAGGGAUCUGGCGCAGCACCCAGAUGGGAGCGCCAAGAUGUCGGACCACAGGGAGAGGCUGAGGAACUCGGCCUGCGCCGUGUCUGAAGGCUGUACCCUGCUAUCUCAGGCUUUAAGGGAAAGGUCUUCACCCAGGACUUUACCGCCAGUGAAUUCCAAUUCUGUGAAUUAGCACUUCCCCGCUCCAUGCCCCCCCUCCCCAGCCCCCAUACCCAUUUUCCACCCCAGGCUAAAAAGAAGACACUUAACUCCUCCCUCUCCAUUUAUACCAAAAGAAACCAUAGGUGACCCCUCUUCCCCCAUGUUAAUGCUCAAGAGGAAUAUUCCAGAAGGCAGGGCCAUGCACUCAACAUGUACACAGAGGGCCCAGGUGUCUACCAGCCCACUAUAGGGACUCAGACACAGAGAAGAUGGGUAGUGUGCUGGCUGCAGGAUUACCCCUACACACUCCAGACCCGCAACUCAGUUAUCAAUUGGGCAGGAAAGAGGUCAUGGGUUCAUUUCUUUCUUCUUUUUAAUUAAAUGAAAGUUACCUCAGUUUUCACUCCUUUAGACAUGGAUGUAGCUACCUUUUUGUAUGUCGUUAUUUUUGUUGAAUUAGAGUAUACAUGGUGUGAAAAAGAGUAUGACUUUGCCAUAUGAUUUGCAAGUGGGGGGAAAGCAACUGUGAGCGUGUGUUUUAUUUUUUAAAUUACACUAUAGAGUGAUUUUUUUUCCCCCAAUGUCAAGUUUUUACCCUGCAUGUACUGGAGUAUUUAUUUCAUCUAUUAAAUUGUUAUGUUUCUCAGA